GUUUGGGAUCAACUGAAGUUGUUUAGCUUCAUGGAAUCAAUGCGUUAUUUGAGCAUAGAACGCACGGUCGAAGAAUUAUGGAACGGCGAUAUUCGAUAUUUUCCCCUAUAUUACUGGAUAAUACUGGUCUUCAGCAUAUAUGGAAUGAUUCAAAGUUUUCUACAGUUGUAUCAACAUGUGUCUAUUCAAAAUGGGGAAACGGAUAUGUACUCGUAUUUGCAAAGUUUUUCCUGCAAUAACCUGAGCUGCCAAGUGCUUAAAGUAUUGGCUUGUAGCCAGAUGUUUAUAGUGACCAAAUCCUGGAUGCUCUUGGUCUGCGCUGUACUGAUGGUAUCACCUGCUGAAAUGUAUGUCUGGCUGUUUGUACAUGGCCUGUUAUUAAUUGUGCAACAUCUGGCCAUUGCAGUCAAGAAUGUCCUUAUGGGCCAUAUGUGGUUUUGGCCAAAGAUUGCCAGAACUGUCAUUAGUUUGCUGUUUAAUUUGGUAAAACUUGGAAUUGUAUAUCAGACCAUGUGUGCCUUCGAUGUGGCGCUCACAGAAGAGAGGCCUGAAGAGUUGAGGCUGUUGUCGAAAAUAUUAAAGGCUCUUUAAAUUAAAAU